GCCGCGCGCGAGCCGGCGGCCGCCGCAGGAGGAGGGAGCGCUCCAAGAUGGCGUCGGCGGGGCCCGAGUCGGGGGGCAGCAGCGGCAGCAGCGGCGGCCUGGCGGAUUUCAGCUUUUUGUGCUGCUCGGUGAUGUCGUUUCGAAGAGGAUCAUCUACUUUCAAAAAAUCACUCACCCCUGAGAUGCCGGGUGGUUCUGGGCAGCCAGGCUCACAGACAAUAAAGAAAGGGCACAGAGGAGUGGACUCCACCGGUGAGACUACCUAUAAAAAGACAACAUCAUCUGCCUUGAAAGGUGCCAUUCAGCUGGGUAUCACACACACAGUUGGAAGCUUGAGCACCAAACCCGAAAGAGAUGUUCUCAUGCAAGAUUUCUACGUAGUAGAAAGUAUUUUCUUCCCAAGUGAAGGGAGUAACCUGACCCCAGCUCAUCACUACAAUGACUUUCGGUUCAAAACCUAUGCUCCAGUGGCCUUUCGCUAUUUCCGGGAGCUGUUUGGGAUCCGACCAGACGACUAUCUGUACUCGCUCUGCAACGAGCCACUCAUUGAACUUUCAAAUUCUGGGGCCAGCGGAUCCCUUUUCUACGUAUCCAGCGACGAUGAAUUUAUCAUCAAAACGGUUCAGCACAAAGAGGCUGAGUUCUUACAGAAGCUGCUGCCUGGCUACUACAUGAAUUUGAACCAGAACCCAAGGACGCUGCUGCCAAAGUUUUACGGUUUGUACUGUGUCCAGGCCGGAGGCAAAAACAUUCGCAUUGUCGUGAUGAACAACUUGCUGCCACGCUCUGUCAAAAUGCACCUGAAAUACGACCUGAAGGGCUCCACCUACAAACGCCGAGCAUCCCAGAAGGAGCGGGAGAAGGUCUUCCCGACAUACAAGGACUUGGAUUUUAUGCAGGACAUCCCUGAUGGCCUCUUCUUAGACUCUGACAUGUAUAAUGCUCUGUGUAAAACGUUACAGAGAGACUGUUUGGUCCUGCAGAGCUUUAAAAUCAUGGACUACAGUUUGCUUGUUGCAAUCCAUAACAUCGAUCUGGCACAGAGAGAGCACGCGAUGGCAGAUGGGACGUCCCAGACUGAUACGCGGCGACCUGCUGCCCAGAAGGCCCUCUACUCGACAGCCAUGGAGUCCAUCCAAGGAGAGGCCCGGCGAGGUGGCACUAUAGAAACAGAUGACCAGAUGGGAGGCAUUCCAGCCCGCAACGCGAAGGGGGAGAGGCUGCUGCUGUACAUCGGCAUCAUUGAUGUGUUGCAGUCCUACCGAUUUGUCAAGAAGCUGGAGCACUCUUGGAAGGCCCUUGUACACGAUGGGGACACUGUAUCUGUGCACAGACCCAGCUUCUACGCAGAAAGGUUCCAACGGUUCAUGUGCAACACAGCGUUCAAGAAAAUACCACUAAAGCCAUCCCCUUCUAAGAAGAGCCGGUCUGGCACAGCAGUUCCUCGGCGGAGCUGUCAAGGAGGAGUGCCUUCCCAGUCGCACAUGUCGUGCGAGACAAAAGCACAAGUAACGACAGAGGCGGAUGUAGAGCAAGGUUCCCACCUUGGUCGCCCAGAUCUCCUGCCCAGGACCCUGCCGGUAGACGAAGCUAACAGUGAUUCCAUCGCAACAACCCUGUCUACUUCUUCCCUGGGCAGCGGAGGCCUCAACUCGCCCGCAAAUAGCGGCUCCCCGGGGCCUUCCAUACCCGAGUGCUCCGCAGAGCUGAGAGAGCAGCUCGAAGACCUGCAGGAGACGGAGAUAAGCUUUGUGAGUACUUCCCCGUUCAGGAGGAAAAGAGCAGCUCUGGAGGCGGAUGGAGAAUUGCAGGGGUUAUGUGGUCCCUAGUCGUGCUGGGAACACGGGCACUGAGCGGGAUGUCCGAGUCGGCCAGAGCAGGAGCAGAUCUUCACCCCCCUUUGGUACGCGAAGGCUCAGCCUGCCUUGGGCUAGGCACCGUUCCUGCUCCUAGCGCUCAUCCGCUGCCCCGACCGCCUUAACUUAGAUAAGCAGGAGGCAAAGCAGAGACAUUCCUCUGUCCUGAGGGCCCAGGCUGGGUCUGAUGGCAGAGAUAAAGCGGGGUGAAGCUGGCCAGGUGCAUCGCGCUGUCCCCACGGCAGACGAUAAAUACUCACAGACCCUCCUGGUUUAGUGUAAGGUGGUGGUUGGGGAAAGCCUCAACUCCCCAGCCCCCUCCUCUGCCUCUCCCAGGGUGGAGAAGGUUUAGGGGAAGACCGGGCAGGAGACCUCCUGCUGCUCUUCCUCAGAGGAAGGCAGACCCCUUCCCCAGCAUCUCCCCCUCUUUUCUCUUCACAGUGAAGCAACACCGAGACCGCCGCGAUGGAAGCAGAUUGUUCUGUGCUCUGCGUGGUCUGUGGAGUCUGACAAACGUUCGGCCCCUGUUGCUGAUUUAUUUUAUUAUUUUUUUUUUUUUAAAAGAAAAUCUUAUCUGGACAGAAACCUAAAAGCUGGAAGGCUGGGCUACGCUUAGUGGGAUAGUAUGAACAGAGACCGAGCCAGCACAGCUGAGCCUCGGACACCUGGAAGUCUCCUUACGGCAGAGCCCACCACUGUGUCCCUGCUGUCCUCCUUCCUUUGGAGCCUGGCGGGAGCGAAGCCGGCUGUCGGGAGGAGGAGGAGGAACUGCUCUGUGGGGGCUGAAGCCCUCUGGAAAAAGGAUCUGACUUUCAGGGAGUUAGCUGCUUACGAUGCUGACACCACAAACCUUGCAAGAACGGGCGACUCUUUGGAGUUACGGGGGGGAAGCGGGCAUUAGAGCCUCGUUGGGGCAGUUUGCGACAGAGCAACGUGGUUUUAUUUUGUAUUUUAAACAAGUUUUUAAGUUAAAUGUUUCUCCGAAUUCAGUCAUAUCACUUCAUUUUAGUCCUGCAAUAUAGUCUUUUUUUUUAAUAAAUAGGAUUUUUUUCAGUGUUCCACCCGAAAGUGUCCCAUGUGAGAGAGGCAGAAGGGGGGAGCAGAUGCCGCACUGACGGCGGACGAGCUCCUCUCCCCCGCCAGCCGCUCUGGCUGCCGGAGCCUCCUCCGUUUUCAAUCUUGCAUCGCCCUGAGACAGCGACGAGGAGAGCUAGGUGCUGCGCUAUGUUGCUCGGAGGACUUUGAAUGUGCGAAGCUUUUAAGACGUCAGGGAGGUUUUGGAUUGCUUUGUCCCCCGGUUUUUAAACUAAGCCCUUUGGUCCCUUCCCCGCCAAGCAGGGAGUCGCAGGUGAAGGGAGAUCUUUGUAAGGGGCACACUUUUUUAGAAGUAUUUCUUAAGCAAACGGACCAAACCCAGCCUGCUCCGUUCCCUUCUCCUGUCCUCCGUCCUGCUGCUGGCACGCCGUGCGAAACCCUUCCCUUUUUUUAUAGCUCGGCUCCCUUUUGAUAUCUCGCCUGUAUCGUAGCCACGGUCGACACCGGUGUUCCUGGUGGCUUGAAACUGAGAUUCCUACGUAAAUGGGACAGACUUCUGCCCCCACAAAAGUAGGGGGCAUUUUGUGUCCCAUUUUAAACAAAGUAAUAAGCUGAAAGGAGGGAUUGUUCUGCUGCCGUUUUCCCCACGCUGGCUGCAGACGCUUUACUCGAGAGAUCUCAGAGCAGAUGUUGGACUGAUCUUUAUUUUCACAAAAUGAUUUUUCUAAAGAAAUGAAGUGACCCUUCCCCAUGUUCCUGGUGAGUUAGAAUCCUCCAUUCUUUUUUUAUAUAUAUUAAAAAAAAAAAAGUAAUUUAAAGUUUGCCCUUGCGGUAGUGCAAGGGGUUUCUAUACUAAUUAGCAAUGAUUGCUAAGGAAACAAAGAAUGUAGUGGUGUAGAAAGGGAUUUUUUUUUUAGUUGAUGUUUCAGAGCCAAGUCUCUUCCCGCCUUUCCACUUCAACCUUUUAAAGUGGAUGCGACGCAAGCUGAUAUUUUUUAAGAAAAAGCAUUUUUUUUAAAAAAAUCUAUUAUUUUUUUUUCUCGAAAGACCAAGCGGAAUGGCCUUACUCCGGGUAUCCGGAUCCCCAGGGGGGUUGGUGGAGCACGAGGACGGUCGCUGUUCACAAACUGUUGGGUUCUCAAGGGCUCUCAAAACCUUUCGACGCCGAUUUAACGUCACGACGAGACCCGUGAGCGGGAGGACGAUCGGCUCGGGGACGCCCGCGUCGUCUCUGCUGGAUCUUCCCGUCUCCCCCCUGCACCUCUGACUUGAUCCAGCAGGUUACACUUUAUAGCUGCAGUAACUGUCUAUAUUAGACACUCGUUUCUUACCUUCCCUCCUCACCCAUACUUGUUUGUUUGUUUUUUUUUUUACCAGGAGGGAAGAAAACCAAGUCUCAAUUUUUUUCAUGGUUUAAUAUUUAUGAAGUUGUAUUUAAGUGUUGUUGUUUUUUCUUUUCCUGGGGAUAGUUAUUCAGCGAGUGGGGGGGGGGUGGCGUUUAUAUAUCGAUCUCUGCUUUGUAAUGGGUUUUCAGAACUGCUUUUUUCUCGCGCGUGCGUGUUUCGAGGUGGCGGGCGACGGGUUUUCGUGUCUUUUUCAACACCCGAGCGGCUUUUCCCCAGCGCGGGGAGGGGACUUCGCUUCUCCCGCCGCACCGGGGAGGGAUCGAGGAGCAGCCGACGCCGCUGUGACCUCCGCAUCGAAGCCGGGUGAUGGGACGGAGUGCGGAUGGACCCCCCCUCGGCGUCGCCAUCGUCGGGGCUGGGCCCCCCCAUCCCCGGGAGGGACAGACCUGUCCCCCGCGCGUGACCGUUGUCCUUUCGGCUGUGUAACGCUUGUGGCCUCGUCCGCUGUGGGAACCACGCUGUCUCCGGGACGCGCAAUACACGGUGUGCUGCUGAACC